AUGAUGCCACCACUCAUGAUGGAGGCCCUAAUGGAAAGGGUGCACCAGCAUAUCCGAGUAGAAAAAGACAGCGCUCGUGCUAAAACAAAAUCUGGCACAACAGCGAUACCAGAUAAAAAGACUACCGCUAAAGUUAAUUCGGUAGAACAACCAAGUAGGGAUGGGCGAGGCAGACGAGCUACCAGAGAGGACCUAGAAAAAAGUAAGUUAAGGGUCUGCAUUGCCAUCACCACCGUGUUCAAUAAACCUAUAUACCGGAUUAUCAGCGAGAUACGCAAUGAACCCUACGUCCAGUGGCCAGCCAAGCUGGGAGAAGCACAAAAGGGUUACGACGAGAGGUCCCGCUGCACCUUCCAUGAUGAGAAGGGGCACCGAACUGAAAACUGUACGCCCCUGAGGCAACAUCUAGAAGAGUUAGUUGCUGCUGGACACCUGGACCAGUAUAUAGAAGGGGGAACACAACCAGCCCCACAGGACCCCAACAGACCAAACGGGAUACCGGCUGACGGUCCACCUCAAGGCAUAAUCAAUGUGAUCAUGAGAUUUUCGAACCAGAACGAGUAUGCGAACUCAGGGGGACGAUCAAGAAGGCUGAGCACUUAA